AUGGAGUCGCACGUGGCGAAGCAUCAGUGGCUCGAGACCCUCGAGCGGUUCGCGUUCUCGCCCGACCGUGCCGCGGUUGUCUCGUCGCUCGUUCCCGGAAGGUUCUUGCGCCUCUUUUUCAGCGGUACAGUCCCUGCCGUCCCUUAUGCGACGAUUAUUGCUCGCUCCUCCCUCGUUCCAUUUAUUCCCUUUUGUCUCCGCACCCCCGUUCACAUACCUACUCCGCCGCUGCAAGCCAUCGAGGCGGGGGACACUGCGGAGGCGCGCGCCCUUAUCGCCACUCUCCGCGAAGCCGCGGGUCUCAAGCCCGCGUCCGGGGACCCCUCUUCCUCCUCCCCCGCGCCUCCGCGCAAGUCGGCGUUCAAAUCGCGCGACGCGCCGCCGAAGCUCUCGAGCGUGACGGCGGACGCCGCGUUUCUCGGGCCGGGCGGCCUCGUUCGUCUUAUUCAGGAGCUCGAGCUGCGGCUCGCUGUGGCCCUCUGGGACUCUGGAGAGCGCGACUCGUGCGUUGACAUCAUAAAGAAGGCUUCCCCCAUCUCUUCCCACACACACCCGCAUCGCUCAUGCUACAUUCCCUUUCCGCCCACACUUCCCCCCUUGUCCGCCACCUCCCUCCGCCCUUACCCCCGCCCAACCCUUCACAAAUGCCCCCCUUCUCUCCUCCCCCUUCCGCAACCCCCCUCCCGCCCUCCACCCCUCGUCCGGCUGGCGACCAAUCAGGAGCUGAAUGUGACGCUCAACACCGCCCUUCCUGCUAGCAUCGCCGCAGAGCCUGCUGCCCCCGCUAUAGUGCCGGCUUUUGAUGUGACAAUAGAGGAUGCGGAGGGGGCAGUGGCGGCUGUAGCGCCAGCUGUAGCACCCGCCACAGCUGCAGCGGGGACUGAAACAGCUGGUGUGGCAACAGCAAUUGCUGCAGGAGGCGGUUCAGGUGGUGUUUCAGGUGAUUCUGGUGCCAGUGGGACAUCCGCCCUCUCCUCAUUCCCCUCCACUCUGCCGCCCGAGUUCGCUGACCAUUUGUCUCUUCUGGAGCUGACGUGGCAGCGGCAUGGGUGGCAGGGGCUCAAGGAGGGGGGGCUUGCGCCAGUGCUGGCGCGCCUGCUGGCAAAGGGGGAGGCGGAGGGGCAGGGGGGAGGGUCGGGGGGAGGGUUUGGGGGAGCGUCUGGGCGGGGGGUUGGGGUGGGGGCGCUGGUGGGGGAAGCUGCGGGGUGGGUGGGGGGAGCGGUUGGGUGGAUAAAGGGGAAGGGGGGAGGCUGGAGGAGGGGAGAAGGUAUGCAGAAGGUUCCGUUUUGGCUGCAAGAACCGAGUGACAAGAAGUCAGUGCAGCAGCUGCUGAUGCUGCCUUUUGAGUCGACUCAAAAGUCACCUCACUGCAUGCAUAGCAGCUGCAACCAUGCCUCCGUAAUCCCCCUCCUUGUGCUCUCUCCCCUCCUUGUGCUCUCUCCCCUCUUCCAUCCCCCCAUCUUCCGGCUAGAGGACCCCCUGGCAUGGAAGAUGCAGCGAUGGGAGAAGACCAAACCUGACCUCCUCUCGCUUCCUCCGUUUCCUGUCCCCGACCCUGCUUCCUCCGUUUCCUGUCCCCGACCCUGCUUCCUCCGUUUCCUGUCCCCGACCCUGCUUCCUCCGUUUCCUGUCCCCGACCCUGCUUCCUCCGUUUCCUGUCCCCGACCCUGCUUCCUCCGUUUCCUGUCCCCGACCCUGCUUCCUCCGUUUCCUGUCCCCGACCCUGCCUUCCUCCGUUUCCUGUCCCCGACCCUGCUUCCUCCGUUUCCUGUCCCCGACCCUGCUUCCUCCGUUUCCUGUCCCCGACCCUGCUUCCUCCGUUUCCUGUCCCCGACCCUGCUUCCUCCGUUUCCUGUCCCCGACCCUGCUUCCUCCGUUUCCUGUCCCCGACCCUGCUUCCUCCGUUUCCUGUCCCCGACCCUGCUUCCUCCGUUUCCUGUCCCCGACCCUGCUUCCUCCGUUUCCUGUCCCCGACCCUGCUUCCUCCGUUUCCUGUCCCCGACCCUGCUUCCUCCGUUUCCUGUCCCCGACCCUGCUUCCUCCGUUUCCUGUCCCCGACCCUGCUUCCUCCGUUUCCUGUCCCCGACCCUGCUUCCUCCGUUUCCUGUCCCCGACCCUGCUUCCUCCGUUUCCUGUCCCCGACCCUGCUUCCUCCGUUUCCUGUCCCCGACCCUGCUUCCUCCGUUUCCUGUCCCCGACCCUGCUUCCUCCGUUUCCUGUCCCCGACCCUGCUUCCUCCGUUUCCUGUCCCCGACCCUGCUUCCUCCGUUUCCUGUCCCCGACCCUGCUUCCUCCGUUUCCUGUCCCCGACCCUGCUUCCUCCGUUUCCUGUCCCCGACCCUGCUUCCUCCGUUUCCUGUCCCCGACCCUGCUUCCUCCGUUUCCUGUCCCCGACCCUGCUUCCUCCGUUUCCUGUCCCCGACCCUGCUUCCUCCGUUUCCUGUCCCCGACCCUGCUUCCUCCGUUUCCUGUCCCCGACCCUGCUUCCUCCGUUUCCUGUCCCCGACCCUGCUUCCUCCGUUUCCUGUCCCCGACCCUGCUUCCUCCGUUUCCUGUCCCCGACCCUGCUUCCUCCGUUUCCUGUCCCCGACCCUGCUUCCUCUCUCAAACGGUCCUCUCUCUCCCUCACUCUCCCCAACAAAGGGCGCCAUGGCAUGGGAGCUGCAGCGAUGGGAGGUCAAUGAGCCGCCGACUUUCCUCUCCCGUCUGCCUUUUUCCGUCUCCCUCUCCCCUCCCCCCCAGCAUCAUGUGCAUCGCCCCUCGAUGCCCCGCUUAGAGGACGCCGUGGCAUGGGAGCUGCAGCGGCUGGAGCGCGAUGAGCCGGAUGCCUUCAGCCGACUCAGAUACCUUGCCACGGGGCAUUGCCUUCUGAGAUACCUUGCCACGGGGCAUUGCCUUCUGAGAUACCUUGCCACGGGGCAUUGCCUUCUGAGAUACCUUGCCACGGGGCAUUGCCUUCUGAGAUACCUUGCCACGGGGCAUUGCCUUCUGAGAUACCUUGCCACGGGGCAUUGCCUUCUGAGAUACCUUGCCACGGGGCAUUGCCUUCUGAGAUACCUUGCCACGGGGCAUUGCCUUCUGAGAUACCUUGCCACGGGGCAUUGCCUUCUGAGAUACCUUGCCACGGGGCAUUGCCUUCUGAGAUACCUUGCCACGGGGCAUUGCCUUCUGAGAUACCUUGCCACGGGGCAUUGCCUUCUGAGAUACCUUGCCACGGGGCAUUGCCUUCUGAGAUACCUUGCCACGGGGCAUUGCCUUCUGAGAUACCUUGCCACGGGGCAUUGCCUUCUGAGAUACCUUGCCACGGGGCAUUGCCUUCUGAGAUACCUUGCCACGGGGCAUUGCCUUCUGAGAUACCUUGCCACGGGGCAUUGCCUUCUGAGAUACCUUGCCACGGGGCAUUGCCUUCUGAGAUACCUUGCCACGGGGCAUUGCCUUCUGAGAUACCUUGCCACGGGGCAUUGCCUUCUGAGAUACCUUGCCACGGGGCAUUGCCUUCUGAGAUACCUUGCCACGGGGCAUUGCCUUCUGAGAUACCUUGCCACGGGGCAUUGCCUUCUGAGAUACCUUGCCACGGGGCAUUGCCUUCUGAGAUACCUUGCCACGGGGCAUUGCCUUCUGAGAUACCUUGCCACGGGGCAUUGCCUUCUGAGAUACCUUGCCACGGGGCAUUGCCUUCUGAGAUACCUUGCCACGGGGCAUUGCCUUCUGAGAUACCUUGCCACGGGGCAUUGCCUUCUGAGAUACCUUGCCACGGGGCAUUGCCUUCUGAGAUACCUUGCCACGGGGCAUUGCCUUCUGAGAUACCUUGCCACGGGGCAUUGCCUUCUGAGAUACCUUGCCACGGGGCAUUGCCUUCUGAGAUACCUUGCCACGGGGCAUUGCCUUCUGAGAUACCUUGCCACGGGGCAUUGCCUUCUGAGAUACCUUGCCACGGGGCGUUUCAACUGUGUCGGUAUCCUCACUCCCCCGCAGCUACAGUCUCUUGCCGCCCGCUUCCCGUCCAUCGCCACACAUCCGCGCAUGCUGGCGCUGCGAGCCAUUCAGAUGCUGCCACGUGGCAUGUCUCAGUGCACCUCCGCACCAACCCCAGAAAGCGUUGAUCAGAUCUUGAGCUACCUGGACCGCAUCCAACCGCUCCUUACCAGCGACCACCUGAAGGCGAAGCUGCUGUUUGCGCGCCUCACACUCAGCCUUGUGAACGGCCAGGCGGACGCUGCCCUCCUCCUCGCCUUCCUCUCCCUCAUCCACAACGGCCCUUACGGCGUCUUCCCCCCUGCAAGGCCACACGAGGAGGAGGCGUUCGCCUACUUGCCGCUCUUUGCCUCCUGCCCCUCGCCAUCCGAUGUCAAGGAGCUCGUAGCCCAGCUCUUCCGAAACCUCUUCUCCUCGCCCUCCUUCUCCUCCUCCCUCACCUCCCCUCCCUCCGCCUCCUCCUCUGCCUCCCAUUUCGGUCUUCCUACGAGUAUUACCUCUCGCUCUAUGUUCCAUUCGACUCCUGCCACGUCAGCAGAAGCAGCAUCAGCGUCAGCGGCGGCGUCAGCUCAGUUCCCGUUUGCACCGGAUUCGCCGGAGGCAGUGGCGCUGGUGGAGAGGGCCAUGCACACGUGGCAGCCUUUGAUUGGGCAGGGCAAGCUGGACUGGAGCUACGUGGCGCUGCUAUUGGCUGAGAGCCGGCUGUGCUGCGCAGACGACCCCUUCUACCCUGUCUGGGUACACCUCUAUCUCACGUCCUAUCAGCGCCAGCACGCGCCUGACAACCCGACAGCUGGCAGCAGCGCAUUGGCCGAGCUGACGGGGCGCUGCCAGCUGGACUUUGCCGCCCACAACCGGCGGGUGUGGCGGGCGGCGGAUUCGGUGCAUCUGGACGUGAUUGUGAAGAACGUGCCUGUACUCGCUGUGAAGCUAUUCGAGGUGGACUCUCUGCGCUAUCUGCUCUCCUCGCCUCGUGACACCGAAUUCUCCAACCUGGGUUCACUGCACGGCCUCAAACCAUGGCGAAUCCUGAGUGUGGAUCUGCCACAGCUGGCCGGGCGGCGGGGCGUGUUUGUAGUGCAGCUGGAGGGAGGCGGGCUGUGCGCGCGGGCGAUUAUUCGAAAGGGCAAUCUAGUCCACACAGCAACCCUCACCCCUCGCGGACUCUCCAUCCGAAUGCUCAACGAAGAUGGAGCUCUCGUGCUGCCCACCACUGCAACUGGAGGCUCGGAUGGAGGCUCGGCUACAGCCUCGGGUGGAGGUCCGGACCAAGGCUCGGUUGGGGGAGAGCUGAGUCUGGUAGCUGGCACGAGCCUCCAGCAGGGAGUGUUGGGGGGGCGGGCGGCGAGUGUGUGGGUGGAGGGUGUGGAGUAUGCGGUGGGGAGCGGUGGAGAGGUGUUGCUGCCAUUCACCGCCAGCAGCAGGGAGUGCUCUCCUGUGCUCUUUGACGGGUGCCUGGCUGCCGUGGGUGCAUCCGUGCAAGUCCCAGAAGAAAGUUACAACCUCAACUUGCAUGCCUGGCUCGAUCAGCCCUUCCUCCGCCCCUCUGCUGACGUCACCAUCCUCCUCCGCCCCUCCCUCACUCUCUCCCCCUCUCACUGGCACUGCUCCUCCUCUGUCCCAGCCGCCCCCCUCUCUCUCCUGCGCUCCCCUGAGCUCGUAAUUUCCUGGAAGCUUCUGGAAGGCCAGGAUGUGACCGUUCGCAUUCCCAACCUUUCCCUCCGGCCGGAUUCGGAGUUAACGCACAGGACAAAAGUGCCGGACGGCGCAGUUUGUCUGGAAGUGGCCCUCCGGGGAACAGUGGUGCUGCAGAGCAAGGGCGGGCAGGAGAAGGCACUGAGUGCAGAAGCUUCCUGGAAGGUGCUGGCGCCAUUUGAGCCUGGGGGAAGGGCGGCAGCGAAUGGGAGCGCGUGGGAGGGGAGUGGGGCAGGGGGAGGGGCAGGGGGCGGAGGGGGGAUGAUCCUGGGGGAAGUAGGGGGAGUGGAGGGGGGGGAUGGGGGGAAAAAGCAGAGGCCAGUCGAAGUGGAUGUGGGUGGGAGUCCAGCAGGGAAGCUGCCGUCUCACGUGGUGGUGGUGGGCGGGGAGGAGAGGGCAGGUGAUGCUGCUGCUGCCGGUGAUGCUGCUGCUGCCGGUGCUGCUGCUGCUGGCGGUGCUGCUGGUGAUGGUGCAGCAACAGGCUCGGAUAAAGUGAUUCUGCGACUGCCUUAUGUCUCCCAUGCUGCUGCUGAUGCUGCUGCUGUGGGCGGUGGUGGUGAUGAUGUUGGCUCUGCUGCUGCUGCGGCUGGAACAUCUGAAGCUGCUGCGGCCGCAUCAGUGUCCCCGUGUCUGUUCCGUGUGGCUGCUGCAUCGGAAUACUCUGUCGAGAAAGUGUUCCUGGCAGACUGCACGCAGCAACUGCAGAUGAAGGAGGGCUAUCUGGAGCUACUGACAGUGCCGCCAGGGGACUACUCCCUCUUCCUCCCAUGGGACAACGAGACCAUCUUCAUCCGCGUCCUGCCUCCUCCCCCUUCCUCCUCCGCACACCCCCCCCCAUCCUCCUCCGCACACCCCAUUCCUGCAUCCACCCUUUCCUCUCUCCCCUGCCCCGGCUGGGCGGUUGACUCGGCGCGCAGAGAGCUCCGAAAGUUGCCGCCGAAGAGCCCACUCACCAUCUGUGCUGCUGCUGUUGGUGGGAGUGGGGUGGUGCCGGGCGGGGGAGGAGGAGGCAGAGGAGGGGUUGCAGGCGGAAGGGAUGGGAGGAAGGUUCUGUGGGUGAAGCUUGGGGGGUGUGGGGCGCGCACGAGAGUGCAUGUGGUGGUGCGGCAAGGCAUGGUGGCCAAGGCUGUGCCAGGGUUUGAGUUGAGUGUGUUUGGGGGGGGAGGCGGGGAGGAGGAGGGGGGGGUGGAGGGAGUGUGGAGGGGAGGCGGGUGGGGAGGGGAAGGAGGGGAGGAAGGGAGGGUGGGGUUGGAGGAGGUGGAGAGUGAGUAUGGCGAGAAGCAGCUCAUGGAUGAAGAGAUCAUCUAUGUACAGAACCGCCAGAAGGCCCUCACCGGCAGCAGCGGAGCAGCAGAGCGUGUGGGGCAUCUGCUGCCCCUGCCGUCCCUGCUCAUCCACCCGCGUGUCACCGCUGCCACCACCACCAAGCGCGCCCCUCCCCCUCCACGCCAGCUCCACUCUGACCCCGCUGCAAAGAAGAAGCAGCUGAUGGGAGUGAUGCUGCAGCGCAAUCAGAUUGACAAGGAUAUGAUGGUGGGGCAGGAAUGCGCAUCCAUGGCCAUGGGUUUUGCUGCACCACAAGCCGCCAUGUGUUUCGCAGGCCCGGCAGGGGGAAGGGGGAUGAGGUAUCGUGGUGGGGGUGUUGGUGCUGCUUGCGGCUUCGCCUCCUCGUUCCAGGCCGGCCCUCCUCUCAAACAUGCCCCGCUCUUUGCACCGACUCCCAUUCUUAUUGCUAAUCUGAGGCCGGUGGGAGGGGAGAAGAGAGUGGAGGGUGGAGGGGGGGGCGAUGAGGGGGGGAUGGAUGGGUGGGUUGCGGUGCCGAGAUCCUCCCUGCCACGUGGCAGCCUGUCAUUGACUGUCGUGGCUGUGGAUUCGGGGGAGAGCGCAUGGGGGUGCCAGGUGGCGCGCUGUGAUUUGCUCGUUCCGGAGGAGGCCUGGGGGGAGGAGGAGAGGAGUGAGGGGGAGAAGGGGAGGGAGGAGAAGGGGAGGGAGGAGAAGGGGAGGGAGUGGGUGGUGCAGGAGGCAUUGGAUCCAGCUAAGCAUUACCAUGAGAGGAGGGCGGUGGAGGUGUGGAGGAGGGGAGAGGUGCACCGCAUUGCUGACGUGGCAAUGGCACAGGUGGCGAUAUUCGACUCUAUCGAGCGAGCUCACGGCCUAUUGGCCAGCUUCAUCAGCCCGUCAGAGCGCGACACGUGGCAACAGCUGGCGUUCCUGCUGCAGUGGCCGGGCAUGGCAGCUGGCGGCAGAGUGGACAAGCUGCAGCGCUUUGGGUCGCACGAGCUGCACCUCUUCCUCUUCUUCCAUGACAACGCCUUUUUUGUGAAACACGUGCGGCCUGCCAUUGCCUCUAAGCUGGACUGCUCCUUCCUCGACCUCUGGCUGCUGGGCGACCUUGACGGGGUGUUGUCGUUCUGCGCCCUGCCGGCCUAUCUCAAUCUCAACGCACUCGAGAGGUGCCUGCUGGGGCUGGCCGUGUGUUUCCACAUGCUGCUGCAGCACAGGGGGCAGCGACCUCUAGACUGGCCGUACCAGACCCACCUCAUCCAUCCCUCUGAAGUCCUGGACGAUCUUAUCACGCUGGCAGCACCAACAACACCAGCGCUAGCAGCGCAGGCAGCAGCAGCCUCUUACCGUCGCUUCACCACAGCUCUCGCCAGCCGCAGCGACCUCCGCCCCCGUGCCGCACCCCCCGCCGAACCUCCCGCCAAAUCUGCUGCUGAACCUGCAUCCCAACCCAAAGGCGCUCCUCCCCCUCCCCCUUCCGCUGCUCCCCUUCCCCCUGCCCCGGGCGCUGCCUCUUUCGGGGGCUUUGGAGGGACGCCCCCUCCUCCUCCCCCGGCUACGACUCGAUUUAGCUCUGAUGCUGUAUUAAUUGAGCAGUCACUUGCAGAGGAGGAUGAGGACGACGAAGAGGAGGAGGAGGAGGAGGAGGAGGAAACUGAGGAUAGCGACGUGGAUGAGGAGGAAAUGGGACUGGGUGAUGAGUAUGCAGAUGGUGGUAUAUACGAGGGUGAUACAUACGAGGGUGGUACAUACGAGGACGAUGGAGGCUUUCUGGUGUUGGAGGAAGAGAAGUUGGAGAAGAAACGGAGCAAGCCUCAGAUGCGUUACCUGUCUGCAGCACCAGGAGGGGGGGGGGGAGCAGCAGGGGGAUUGCAUUUCAGCUGCGAUGGAUGUGGUACCAACCCAAUCAGGGGACCCCGCUACCGCUCUCUUGUCCGGGACGACUACGAUCUCUGUGCGUCCUGCUUCGCCACCAUGGGCACACCGGGCGAGUAUCAGCGCUUUGACUCCGGCCCCUCCUUUGGAGCAGCAGCAGCUGGGGAAUUAGAGGAGGCUGUGCCCGUUCCAUCAGCGCAGCAGCGCCCCCACAAGGUGGACGUCACCAAGCGCUACGCGGAGACGCACUAUUACAAGCGUGCACUCAGCGAGCAGACACCGGACCUCAUCCCCUCCUCUCCCUUCUGGGUCGACUUCAUGCGCCACAUCCUCUCUUCUGCCGAAGCUGCUGCCAAACCUGCUGCCGAACCUGCCACCGAGACUGUCUCAGCAGCAAGCAGCUCUGCGCUUGCCUCGCUCUGCUCCUUUGCUCUCUCCCUCCCUCCCUUCGUCCCUGCAUCGCUGCACGAUGUUGCUUCCUCCUCCACUGCUGCUCUCUCUGCUCUUUCCAUUCUUGGCCUCCGCUUCGGCGGCAAGAUCAGGCAAACCGGUGCUUAUAACGAAGAGACUGGUGGGAGGGUGGGCGGGGGAGGUGGGUCUGCUGGCGCAGUGGAAGGGGGGGAACAUGGGUUUUCGUUUAGAGGCACGUCGGUUACAAUCACACCAGCAUCACCCAUGGUGGUGUACAAGCAGGAGUUGUGUGAGCGCCUCCGCCUGCCGCCGCUGCAGCCCUUCCAGAAGCGAGUCUUCACUGCUCUCUUCUACUUCCCCUUUCCUGGAAGCUUCUCGCUCUUCCCUGCGCACCUGCUGCCUGAAGCUGGGUCAGGCGGAGGGGGCGGGGGAGAGGGAGGGGCAAGGGAGGAGGAGGGCGGGGCAGACGUGGGGGUGGUGGCAGUGGCAGCAGGGGUACCGCCAUCGAUCCCCGUCCUCUCAUCGUCUGAAUACGAGAAGAUGGAGAGGGAGAGGCGAGAAGCCCUCCUUCAGCAGCACCUGCAGGCAGAAUCAGCACAAUCAGAAUCAUCAGCAGCAGUAGCUGCAGACAGGCAGAAGCAGCAAGCGGGAGGCAAGGCACAGUCAGCAGCAGAGGAGGCAGCGCAGAGGGCGGAGCUGUGGGAGGUGAUCUGCCAGUCGGGCAGCGAGCCGGACAUCCUCCGCAUGCUGCAAGGCCCCUCCCUGCGCUCCCUCGACCUCGCGCUCCUCCUCCCCCUCAUGCCCCACGCGCCCCUCUACCACUCCGUCACCUCCCUCCUCCGCCGUCGAAAGCUCUUCUCUCCCGCCAUCUGGCAAUACUCGCUCUUGCACCAGGACCCUCGGGGGAUGUCGGAGUAUUUGGCUUAUGAACCGGCCUUCCUUGCUCGGCUCUCCUCCCCGGUUCUCCACUCCUCUCUGCUGCAUAUCGAGCCGGGUGCGGCAGGGGCGAGGCUUUCGCUCCGGUAUCGGCUCAAUGGGAGCGCCGGUGUGCUAGGCUCAGGGGUAGGUUUGGGGCUAGGUCCGGUGUACGAGCAUGAGGAGUUCCUGCCGCUGCUGAACCCCCGGGCGCACAGGUUCGGAAUGAGUGGUUCAGAUGGGGAGAGGAGAGGGAAGAGGGUCCAGGGCGAAAGCAAGGGAGAGGGGAGAGCAGGGAGUGAGGAGGGAGGGUGGGUGGAGGAUCCGGGGGUGAACGACAUAUGGAACGAGCAGCUAUUGGAGCAUUACAGUCGGUUCUUGGAGGUGUGUGCAAGGAGGAAGGGCGGUAUGAGCGCACAGGAGUGCCUGGCAGCCGCAUACUACCUGCUGGUUCAAGACCGAGUCAAAGAGGCCCACCUCAUGUUUCUCCGGGCAGCCUCCGGAAAGAUUUUCGCCCUGCCCGACAUGUGGCGGGCAGCGCUGUGCGGUGGGAAUGGGAGUGCUGCUCCUGUUGGGGCUGGUGCAGAGACUCCUGCUGAAGCUCCUGCUGAGGGUGCUGAGGGCGGCGAGAGGUCUGCUGCUUCUGGUGUUGGUACCAAUACCAGCAGCACCAGUAGCAGCGCUGUCCCCUUCACUGACCUCCCUGCUACAGUGAAUGUGCAGCUGGCAGCAGAUUACAUGGCGGCCUUUCUCGACAUUCUCCUCUGCCCGACCGACCGCCUGCCUGUGGUCGCCCGGGCAGUUGCGAAAAAGUACCGAGCUGUGGACAGGAAUGGCGGCAGCAGUGGAGGAAGCUGCCCGGUGGUUUCCUGGAGAAAGCGCUUUGCUGACCUGGGCAAGCAGGUGUAUGAAAUUUGGAUGGCUGCGCGAGCUGCCCGGGCUGCCCGGGCAGGGGGGCGUAUCAUUGCACAGAGUGGUGUGGAGGGGCAUGGAGUGGCUGGGAUGGAAGGGCAGGCGCAGAGUGAUAAGAGAAUGGAAGGAGGAGGUGGAGGAGAGGGGGUUGGUGGGGGUGGCGAUGCAUGGGAGUGGGAGGAGGACGAUGACUGGGUGCUCACAGGCGGUCAGGCCCCAGCAGGGGCAGCAGGAGGAGGAGGAAUUGAAGCAGUGGGAGAAGGGGCAGCAGCAGCAGCAGCAGCAGCAGCAGCAGCAGCAGCAGCAGCAGCAGCAGCAGCAGCAGGAGGAGGAGGAGGAGGAGAAGCAGCAGCAGGAGGAGAAGCAGCAGCAGGAGGAGCAGGAGGAGCAGCAGCAGCAGUUGAAACAACAGCUGCUGCGGACGAGGACAUUGCUGACGUGGCACAGCUGGUGGAGGCAGCGGAGGGGGACAGCACAGCAGUGGACCCGUUCUCCUUGAAGAAGAGCUCCGGACCCAAACCCUCCCAGGAGCCCUUCCUGGACGCCAAGCUGCUGCCCCCUGCUGCUGCUUCUGGCACAGCCAGCCCUGAACUCGGUACAGUCACGCCGGGUACAGUCACGGCAGCGGCGGUGGCAGCGGCGGUGGUGGGGGUGCGGUAUGCGAACGUGGGGAGCAUCCGAGUGGACGUGUUUGCGUUCGACGAGGAGACCUUCUUCUCCUCCUCGCCCUUCUCCCUGCUCUCAGGCGCAGCAGCAGCUGGUGGGGAAAGCAGUGUGAAGGACGGCAGGCGUGGCAGGGAUGGGAAGGCAGGAGGAGAGGGUGGCAAUGGGGUGGGCGGGCCCUCGUCCAUCUUCGUGGCUCCGAAUUGGUCCACAGUUGUCAGCACUGGCAGUGGCAGAAGUGGCAUUGGUGGUGCAGCUGCUGGUACAGGCUCCAGCAGAGGUAGCAGUGGCAGCAUAGGCAGCAGUGGCAGCAGAGGCAGCAGUGGCAGUGUGGUGGUGGCGUUGCCAGCGGAGUUUGAUUCAGAGGCAGUGCUCAUCACUGUCUCGUCGGGUGCUCUCACCACCACUCUCCUCAGGCCGGUGCAUGAGUCUCUUGUGGUAGAGGUGGUGGAGAGGCUGGGUCAGCUGAGAGUGCUUCGCCGCAUUCCCACACCUGCGCCAGCACCUGCCGAUGGGUCUUCGGGCAGUGGACAAGCAGGAGCAGUGGAAGGCAGGCUGGAGUCAACUCAGGGAACUUUGGUGCCACUGCCCGGAGCGUAUGUGAAAGUUUUCUUCCGCCCAAAGUCGCGAGGGGUUUCCUACCUUUUCAGCGACAGUGCAGGGGAGGAGAGGGGUGGGGCGGAGUUUUACAAGGAUGGGUACACGGACAGGCGUGGGUGGUUUGACUAUGCGUUUGUGAGCACGGAAGAUGUGGAGAAGGUGGAUAUGUUUGCUGUGCUUGUGACUAAAGAGGGGGCGGGUUCAGUUGUGCGCCAUGUGAAGCCUCCCAAGGUUUGA